AUGUCAGCAUAUUCUGAAACAAGCUUCGAUACGAAACGUUAUGACGACUCGAGACCUAAUUACCCUGAACCAUUCUACCACGAAUUGAUCAAAUAUCAUAAAGAGAAAGGUGGUACAACACAGCUUGCUGUUGAUAUUGGUUGCGGUUCAGGGUUUGUGACUUUUAAGUUACUUGAAUACUUUGAUCAUGUGAUUGGCACAGAUCCAUCGUCCAAUAUGAUAUUGCAAUGUCAAAGUCAUAUACCUCAAUCUUCAGAAAACAAAUUUAUUGAAUUUAGCAUUGGAUCAGCAGAAUCGCAUCCGUCAACAAUCAUGCCCAACUCCGUUGAUUUAAUCACAGGGGCUGAAUGUUGUCAUUGGGUGGAUCAUGCAAAGUUCUUUACAGAAUCUGCUAGGGUUUUGAAACCAAACGGUACUUUAGCGUAUUGGUUUUAUAAAGAUCCCGUUUUCGUUGGCUACCCAAAAGCAAAUGCAAUUUACGAAAACUACACCUACAACUCUUCAACAGCGACCAACCCCAAUGAAGCAUUUGAAAGAUAUAUGGGCCCUUAUUAUCAACAACCGGGUCAUGAUUACUUACGGUCAUUGUUGAAGGAGAAAUCUCCACCACCGGAUUUGUUUUAUGAUAUCGUAAGACAUGAAUACAUUUCCGAACGUGAUGGUGCACCUACAGGGACUGAAAACGCUUAUGUUACUAAAACACCUUUAUUUAUUUGUAAAAUCAUUGACAUGAGAUGGUUUUUAAAUUAUGUUAAAAGUUGGAGUGCAUAUCACAUUUGGAUGAAAGAGCAUGGCGAUAAGUAUGAUAUUGCGGAGGUUUUUGUCGAUGAGUUGAAGCAACAAAUGGGGUGGGAUGAUGAUACUAAAAUUAAAGUUAUUUGGGACACCGUAUACACUUUCGCUAGAAAAAAGUGA